AUGAAAUCGUUUCUUCGCUUUAUGGUUUUCUUGUACUUUUCUUGUGCGUGUCGAAGCGACCCUCGGCGUGGUAGUCGUUAUCAACCACCCAAACCAAGGUUUGAAGUGUUUGAUCCUCAGGGACUAAUAGUGUGGAUCAACGCGGAACCAAGAAUAAGUUCCUUUACGUUUCACGGGAAGCUGAAUCAACAAUUUUCCCAGUCCUAUGACGUAGGCCGUUGGGCGCAAACCAUCACGAAGGUGAAAAACGGCCGAUAUUUAUUUAUCGAUCGGGAAGCGCAACUAAUACCGGGAGAUGUGAUCUACUAUCGCACGGUGAUUGUUCGGAACGGACAAACAUAUCGCACUAAUUCGGGAUCGUACACUGUGCAAGAUUUACGCCCAGCAUCCACUAGUCCGGCACCGAUCCCGGGCAUUGCGGAACGCUCCGGCGCAUCUGAUGGCUACCCUUACGUGUUGGUUUCGAACGAGCGUCGAACAAAAGACGUGAGAUCCACCGCUACACAAACCGACAUCGAACGAAAAGUGAACCCGAACUGCUUGCCAGGCCGUUCGGUUGUCCAUGGUGCUACGGUGUGUUCGGGGGAUCUGUUGUUUGAAGAUAAUUUUAGUGGACAAACGAUUGAUCAACAAAAGUGGCGUAUUGAGAACCGUUUUGCGUCGGAGCCAGAAAACGAGUUCGUAGUAUAUGCCGAUUUCAAAGAAAAUUUAAAACUUCAAAACGGUAAACUCUUCAUUAAGCCCACCCUCUUCGAAAGCAAAUUUGGUCCCGGCUCGACGAACAAUCAUUUCCGGUUCGCCGAUGAGUGCACCGGUGAUCGGAGCUCUCGCGACUGCAUUCGAGAUACGCAAAUUGAUUUUGACAUGAUUCCACCGGUGCUAACGGCGCAAAUGUCCACGUUCAACAGCUUUCGCUUCACUUACGGGAAAAUUGUGAUCCGGGCAAGACUACCGCAAGGAAAUUGGAUCUUUCCACAGCUGUAUCUCAUUCCAGCAACGGAUUAUUACGGUCAAGAUGGAUACGCGUCUGGACUGAUACGCGUCGCGUUCGUGCCGGGUGGUCCUCGUCUGAUGAAUCAAUUGUCCGGCGGGUUGAUCAUAAGCGAUACCGAACCUGCUCGCUGCUCGAAGAUGUGCACCCUGCAAAAGAAUAUUCAAUGGAAUGCUGACUUCCACGAGUACGGCUUACGAUGGACACCGGAAGGCGUAUGGAUGGAGGUAGACGGCGAAGUUUAUUGUUCUGUUGAUCCCGGAGAAGGUCUGCAUCGCUCACUUCCAGAAAACCGCUCUCAAAUCGCAAAACUCUGGAGCAUAAGUGGGAACCCGAUGGCUCCAUUCGAUAAGGAUUUCUAUCUGGCACUUGGGGUAGGAGUCGGUGGACAUCACGACUUCCAUCAGUUUGGAGAAAAGCCUUGGAAAGAUUUAGGGGUUAAGGCAAUGUACACAUUCUGGAACGCGAAAGAUAGUUGGUAUCCCACGUGGAACGGUAAUUCCACGUUAUUGGUGGACUACGUUCGUGUGUUUGCCGUAUAA